GCUGAGAUAAGAUCUUGCGGGCGUCCAUAAAAGGGCGAGGACGCGCCCGAUUUGGCGUUGAGAGCUCCUGAGGGAUCGGAGAGAGAAGUCCGGCGAGUCCAGCCAAGGAGACCCUCGAUGAGCAUGAAGCCCGGGUUACUGCGGCUUCUAUUCGGCCUCCCCCUCUCUUCUCCCCAUCUAUCACUGUACCGCCCGCAGAACGCCCUAGCUCACCUUUUCAGCUCUCGCAGGCAGGGGCAGACCGUCCCCCUCACCCACCGGUCCCCGCCAUGUUGUGGUCCCUGCUCACCCUCUUCGCCACGCCCGUCUUCGCCGCUUCAGCGGAGAACUGGCAGACGCGCUCCAUCUAUCAGCUCGUCACCGACCGCUUCGCCACCUCGGACGGCUCUGCCCCGCCAUGCGACACCGGCGAGCGCAAGUACUGCAACGGCACAUGGCAGGGCGUCAUCAACCAGCUCUCCUACAUCCAGGACAUGGGCUUUGACGCCAUAUGGAUCUCCCCCGUCGUCGCGAACCUCGAGGGCGACACCGGAGACGGGGAGGCAUACCACGGGUACUGGGCGGUCGACCAGAACACGCUCAACUCGCACUUUGGCACCGAUGGAGACCUCCAGCUGCUCGCAGAGACCCUGCACCAGCGCGGGAUGUAUCUCAUGCUCGACGUCGUCGUCAACCACAUGGCCGCCGACACCCUCCCGCCAAACUACGCGUCCUUCACCCCAUUCGACAAUCAGUCAGACUUUCAUCCCUUUUGCUGGAUCACAGACUAUAACAACCAGACUAACGUCGAGCAGUGCUGGCUCGGCGACACGAACGUUCCCCUCGUGGACAACAACACCGAGGAUGACGACAUCGUGGAGUUUUUCAACGAUUGGAUCAAGAACCUAGUGAACAUGUAUAAUGCGGAUGGCGUGCGGAUUGACACCGUGAAACACAUCAGGAAGGACUUCUGGCCGGCGUUCGUCGCAGCCGCCGGCGUGUUCUCCAUCGGCGAAGUUCUGAGCGGCGACGUCCAGUACGUGGCCAACUACACCGGAUACGUCGACAGCGUCUUGGACUACCCGACGUACUACCCGCUCGUGCGGGCGUUCAACGGGACGAGCGGCAAUCUGACCGAGCUCGCCGAGACGGUGAAGCAGUCGCAAAAGGCGUACCGCCUCGGCGAGUUCAUGACCGGGUCCUUCCUCGAGAACGCGGACAACCCGCGCUUCCAGUCGUUCGAGACCGACCAGGCGCUUGUGAAGAAUGCUAUGACAUGGCCGUUCAUACAGGAUGGGAUCCCGAUCCUGUACUACGGUCAGGAGCAGGGCUACACGGGCGGCAACGACCCGUACAACCGCGAAGCACUGUGGUUAUCGGGCUACGUGAUGGACAAGCCGCUCGUCAUCCACGUCCGCACGCUCAACGCCGCGCGCAAGGCCGCGAUCGAUGCAAGCAGCGACUACCUCAACACCGCGGUCGAGUUCGCGUCGGUGUCCGAGUCGUCGCUCGCGGUGGUCAAGUCGCCGAUGCUCACGCUGCUCACGAACGGCGGGAGCGGCUCGACGCCGGCGUGGAGCGUGGCGGACGCGAACUACUCGGCGGGGGAGGCGCUCAUCGAUGUCCUCACGUGUGAUGAGUUCAAGGCGGACAAGAACGGGGGGGUGAGCGUGCAGGGGGAGAACGGGAUGCCGAAGGUGGUUUUGCCCGUGUCGGUGUUUAACAGCACGUAUUGCAAUCAUCUGCUGAAUGAUGUGAGCGGGAACACGAGCGCGUCGGGGACGCCUGCGUCUGCGGUGGGGAAGGUGGUGGUGAGGUUGUCUGCGGUGAUCGCGACUGCGCUGGCGGUGAUGGGCGGGCUUGUCCUGGGAGUCGUGCCGGGCGUGGUUUGACGUUUGACGUGGAGCUCGAGGUUGAGGUUGGGGACGGGAUCCUGGGAGGGAGGUAGUGGGUCCAGGGAAGAGGGUGCUGAGGGUGGGCUGGGACCACUCGUUGGCGUUCGAAAAGAAAUGGGUGCGUCGCGCCUGUCGCUUCUUGGAAUACAUGCGUAGACUGUGAAUGUAUCAUGUCGGACUGGCCUAUUCGCGUUCAUACUAUGGAUUUUGACUGUACUAUCGCUUGUUUGUCUGUGCGUAGAGUUGUGUACCAAAGAUGUUGUGCAUUAGAGAUUUUUCUUGUUUCAGC